AAUCUCCUAUGCUCUCACUGUGUCGAAGCAAGAGAUAAAGGCGCUGGAGUAAGGAAAUUGACAGCAAGAUCAGAAUAACUACAACAGACGUCAUCGGCUAGGUUGAAACCUGCUUGACAGUCAGAGUUUGAGAAAGAGAGAGUCUCCUGGUUGCAGCAACCAGAAGUCCUUAGCCUUUCAGGAGAACGCGGGAACUGUCUACCGCAACUGCUUGGGAGGAUUGCCAGGCCAUUCCCCCACAUAUACUCCCAACAACACCAACGAAGGUUUCCCAACCCUCCAGCUCUUCAUUCUCGCAAUAUGUCGCUUUGCCGAGCCAAUCGCAUUGACCUCCAUAUUCCCAUAUUCAUGGGUUAUGGUGAGGGACUUCGAAAUCGGCGAGAAGUCCAGCGCUUCUUUCUAUGCUGGCAUCCUCAUUUCUGCGUUUUCCCUCGCGGAGAGCCUGACGGGCGUGUUCUGGGGCAGUCUCUCAGAUAAGGUCGGUCGUAAACCAGUCUUGCUCUUUGGCUGUUUUGGAACAAUGGUUUCCCUGCUCAUUGUUGGCUUCGCAACCAACUUUUGGGUUGCCCUGCUGGGCAGGGUGGUUGGCGGCGUUUUGAACGGGAAUAUAGGAGUUAUUCAGACCAUGGUCGGCGAGUUAGUCAAGAAGCCGGAAUAUGAACCGAGGGCGUAUGCGGUCAUGCCGUUUGUUUGGUCAAUCGGGACGAUUGUUGGCCCAGCCAUUGGAGGUACCUGUUCAAAACCUGCUGAGACGUUUCCUUCUAUUUUCCCCCGUUCAGGGUUAUUUGGCAUCUUCCCGUAUCUCCUCCCUAACGUUAUCUGCUCGGUGCUACUUCUGAUCAGCAUUAUUGCUGGGUAUUUAUUCCUCCAUGAAACCCAUCCGGACAUGCAGACGCGAUAUACCCGGAUGGAAACCCAUGAAGACACCGAAUUUGGUACUGCAUUAGCCGCCGUGGCUACCGCUGGAUCACUCUCUUGCGCAAGUGCAGAUUUGAGAGCAAAGUCUUACGGCACUUUCAAUGAUGUUGACAUGCAUGAAGACGAGGAAUGGCAUGUGAGGCCUGACGGAAAACUCCUUCCUUCACCAAAGCCCUCAAAGGUCUUUACACGUCGUGUAAUAAUGCUAAUAAUCGCUUUGGGCAUAUUUACUUACCAUUCCAUGACAUACGACCAUCUUCUACCUAUCUUUCUCCAGGACGAGAAGAGCGAACCAGCCAAAUGGCCAAUAUCUGGUCUCCCUCAUGUUCCUGGUGGGUUGGGAUUAUCCACCCAGACUGUUGGCCUAAUCAUGUCUAUAAACGGAAUUAUCGCGCUGGUAAUUCAAGGUGUCGUUUUCCCGGUUUUCACGGAGUGGCUCGGUGUCUGGAACGUCUUCGUCCUUGUGACUAUUCUCCAUCCGAUUGCCUACUUUAUAGUACCAUUCCUCGCCUUACUCCCAUCCGGCAUACUCUACCCUGGGAUCUAUACUUGCCUGACGAUUCGGAAUAUCUUCUCAAUUCUCGAUUAUCCCGUCUUGCUUAUCCUCAUCAAGCAAGCUAGUCCAUCAAACUCGGUAUUGGGGAAAAUUAACGGGUUAGCCGCAUCAGCUGGUGCUGCGGCGCGGACUGUUGCUCCGCCGAUCGCUGGAUACCUUUAUACCGUGGGUUCUCGCGUUAGAUUCACCGGAGUCGCGUGGUGGGCCAGUGCUUUGGCCGCCAUUGUCGGAGCGUUGCAACUCUGGUUCAUGCACCCUAAAAAAUAUUCAUUCGUCUCCAUUACCACAGGCGCACCCGGUUAUUACCAACAUACUGAAACUCCAGCUCCCGAGAUUGUGCAUGUCAGUGUUGACCACCAGGAUGCCGUGUAAGUGAGCCUAUUUGCUCGAUACCCUUGCUGCGUGUUAGACUUUGGCUUCUACCUCCUUCACUUGCUAUUAUUUAGCUUGGCCAGUUUUGAUCUUGGUUAUUCGGGUUUGGUUUAAAAGUUUCCGACUAUUGACCCAUUCGUUUAAACGUCCUUCGUUUUCUACUUGCGGAACGGCGUUCAAGGUGGUGGUCUCAAACUGUGAGCUUUCUGCGCGAUUCGGGCGAUAUUAGCAGCAAUGUGGCGAGCAUCAUUAUAGACAGCUGAGCUGUUUAAAUUAAAAAGUGCCCAGUAGUACGGACUAUAUGUAUGUACAUCGGGAUGUUGUGUCGCAUUGU